UGGCAUUUUACAUCUUUUUAAAUGCGCAACGGCGGAAAACUCAAAUCAUUCAAAAUGAAAAACUUCAAUGUUAUCAGAUUUAUUUUUGUUUUUGUUGUUAUUGUCAGAUCUGUAGAUGCAGAAGAAUCAGGGUUCGAGCUACCGACAAAUGAAAGAAUCAAAGAUGGAGAAAGAUCUUUGCAAGAAUUCGAGGCAAAAGCUCGCCACAGCAAAUGUUGGAAAGACGCCGUAGCGAAUCUUCACACAAGCUGUAAAAAGAUGUCGGACAUCGAACAGAGCUAUUUAGCCGUGGAUUUCGCAAAUUGUCAUCUAAAGAAGUCGGGAAGAAAGACUUACAAUUGCUCACGGGACAGAUCAAUUGAAGAUUGUACUGGAAAUAUGGAUGAGACUGCAUUUUCGACGUACACACAUUUUUUCACCCACACUACGAACAUUUGCUUUUAUCUGCAAAGUCAGGCUUGGCAAGAAAAAACAGAAGACACAAUUUCUAAGCUAUCCAGUACAUCGGAUCACGUUGUAGAGCAGUUAGAAAGCUCGCUAGACAAUCAGGUUUUGCUUUUAAAGCACCAAGGAAAGUCGCUGGAAAAUCAAAAGCAAAUUAUUGCUCGGGAGAAAGAGCUAUCUCAUACUUUGAAGUCGUCUACAAACCAGGCCAAGGAAGCAUUCCUCGAUAUGAAGACACAAGCUAGCAAACAAAAAGCUAUUUUUACCGAAACAUUUGAGGGAAUUUUCAAAAGUGUGGAAAAUAUCAAGCAAUUGCAGGCAAUGUUAUUGGGAGAAUUUAUCACUUUGCAGUCUCUUGCCUUCCACUUUGUCUCAGUUUGUGUGUGCUAUUUCUUCACUAGUAGUCCUAGGACAGCUAAUGCGCGAUUACCAUUGUUCAUGGCUCUUGUAGGGCUUAUGGGCAUAGAGCGCCUGGUGACUGCUUGCGGCGUCGGGAAUGGAUCAAGCUCAAGUAUAUCAGAGGUGGUCCAUUACAGACUGUGGGUGUGCCGCAAGCUGUUUAUUUUUGGAUCCAUAACCUUUCUACUCAUCACUGCCUACAAAUUCCAAGACUACAACAAGAUCAACCACCAGAUGCUGCUAAAAAUUCAGCAACAGAUAAUCGACUUGAAAUCACUGCAGGGAAAAGAGAAAUCCCCACAGAAGGCACUAAUGAAUGGGGAUACAAUUCCUAUGACUAGUUCAAGUCGUACCCUUCCCUGGAUGUCACAACAGGAACUUCCCAAUCAUUCCUCCACACUGACCAUCUCCGACCGAGUUGACAGUGGCUUAGACAGUACAGACCUAGAAGAUAUAGAUGUCACAUAUGUACCACAAGAAACUGACUCAGAGUCUGAAUCAGAUAAUGAGAGUGUGAACACUGGUAGUUUACCUGAUCUUAGCACUGACAGCUUCCUGCAGAGCAUGUCAGAGAGUUUCUCGAGUCUGAAAAAGACCAGAGACAGAGCCACACCUAGGAAAUCAAGAUCUAGGGCCACUCCAAGGGCGUCUAUGUCUCCAUCACACACAUACAACCUUCGCCCAAGAAGAACACCCCAAUCAACCCCGAUGACCUCCAGUUUUAUUGAGAGUAUGCCAUCCCCAUCAACAUUAGGGGAACUGGUUGAGGGACUUCAUCAAACUACUGCACGGUACACUGCCGUACUGCGCAAAGAUAAGGACAAGAGUAAUGGGCCAAGGUCUACUCUUUUCUCAUCAGAUGAGGAAAACUAAUACAAUUGCUUAUCAAAGAUAAGGUGGGGGGGGGGGGGGGGCAUUCGUGGGUCUAAUCAAUACCACACAAAAUUUUCGAAAAUACCGCAAUACAGCAGAAAUAAAUUUGAAAUAUUGCAUACUGCAUGGAAGGAAGAGUCCUACGUUAUUCACCCCCACUCGGCUCAUAGUCACUAUUUAACGGACCAUUUACUCUUUCAUGGCUGUCAACCCAACUUGGACAGAAAUAUUGUAAACAUUGAGUGAAAUACAGUAAAUAUGUGAAAAAACCCAAGAGAACCACUACAGGUGACUACAGAGAAUGUAUGAACAUUCUCACAACAAUUAGGCAUGUAAUGAGGUCCAAAAUCUUGUGACAGCAAUGCUCUUAGGUAUCUUGUCCUAGCUCACUGUGAUGCUGAAUUUUCUAGACCUUCCAGUCAAGUAGGUUUGUUCUUCUGGAACUUUUAUGGCUACAGGCUUGUUAUAUGACAUACAAAUAUAACUUGAUCUAAUUUUUUGUAUUGACCUGAAUAGAGAAUGGUGCCUUUCAAUUUCAAUUUCACAAAAGUCUUGUCUCAUUUUAAAACUUGAGGAUGGCAUAGAUUUAUUGGUAUUUUGCACUUGAGCAUUUAGUACAUGCAUUCACAAGAUAAAUGUCUUGCAAAGACAAUUAAUAUUAAAUUAGUUGAUGACUAUAAAGUUGUAAAUAUUUUAAGGAUUCUUCCAACAAUUUCCACAUGCUAGGCUGUCUUCUUUCUUCCUACAAUCAGUACUAACACUUAUAAAUGGCUUUUAUUCACACUAUCUUACCAAAGGUGCUAUCCAAUCAAUUGUGUUAAGAUCUUUAAGCUCAAAUGGCAGAAGCAGGCAGUAGCAGUUGGUUAGAGUUUGUAGAAUAUUGAAAGCUGCAGUAGCUUAUUACCUUCUUUUCAGCAUAGAUAAUGUUUAUGGGAUUGACUGUAUGCAUUUUAGACUGCCUGUGGUAACCUAAAGUAAUGUGUUAACACAAACAUAUUUUCUUAUUUUUACUGAUGUCUACCAAAGGAAGGUGCUGCAAGCAGUCUAUAUGCUUUUCCCUUUUUUUCUGUCAAUCACUGAUCAAGUGAUUGACAUUACAGUUGACCACUGAUACCAAAAACUGAUAACUGACCUGAUAACUCAAACUUCCCCUUUUUGGGAAAAAAAAGCAUUUUUGAAAAAAAAAACAUAAAUGGUCGCAAAUUGUUACAGCCGAAUUCGAUGUAUCACAACGCUGUUCACUGGACGAAAACCAGACAAUGUUCGCUACAGAAUCAGAAUGUUCUGACCGGCGGAGCAGAAAAGCCGUAAAGCCCCUUAGGGGCUUCAUUGGGUGUGAUCGAAGCCAUUUCUUACCCUAAAUUCUAAAAAUCACUGUUAUACCCAUGGGAUCCCCUAAGGGAUAGCAUAAGCGUAAGAAUUUUAUAGCAGUUGGAGGGGGAGGGAAUCCAUCUAGCAAAGUCUGACACUUGAAGUUUAUUCUUCAAGUGUCAGACUUUGCCAACUUCCUCUAAAAACAUAUGCACUCGUAUAUAGUAACACGCGCUAGGCGGAGCGCAUCCGGCAAAUCUCAAUAAGAAAGUUUACAUAUGCUCGUCCUAUCCCUUAGGGUUUAAAAUUCGCCCCAAGUGCUAUCCCUUAGGGUCUGGAAAUCUGGGUCUGGAAAUCUGCUGGCCUUAGGGUGUCUACCAGGGGACCCAACCCAAAAAUACAAACCACACUUCCUGUUACAGUUUGUAUUAGGUCAGCACCGGAUGCCGAAUAUCAAGAGGAUGCUGCCUUCAUUCACUGAAUCUAGUCAUUUGUCACGCCUGCAAUAUAGUAUGCAAUGUGUUGGGUUCAUGCCAUGAGCUUUUCAAGUUUUGACAACUCGCUGGCAGAAUUAUUUCUUCAAAAUCGUGUUGUGAUUGAUGCACUUGCACCCGAAACUAGAAAGCGCAAACUGGAAGAUUGCAAGAUAGGAUACACAAUAAAAGUCAGGCCCGUACCCAGGGAUUUGCAAACACACCCCCCACAAUGGCCAAAGGUCCACUUUCGGUUCCCAAUGGACAUGCUAUUUGUAGACAAAACUAUAAAGCAUAAGCUAGAUCACUCUGGUACGUAGCCAAAUCCGACAAUACGUCCCGUGAAGAUCUGCAAAAGCAUAAAAAAAAUCCCUUUUUGUUCUUUCGGGGCUGUUCAGAUUUUAUCAGAGAACACAUCCCCCCCCCCCCCAGAAAAAUUAGGUCCACUUUCUCAGAUUCCGCACCCCCCUGGGUAUGGGCCUGAAAGUGUCGAUCAAAAGGAUGGAGGUCCGAAGGCCUUUUAUGGCAACGCAACCAUGGCGGUAUUCUUCCCGUAAAGUCUGUAUGAAGAGGAGCUGUUAUGCUUUUGGUUCUCUGUAAUUCAAAACUUUUCACAAGCAGGGAAAAUAAAAGUAUUCUCGAAAUUUUGUAGAAUAAUUUGUAAUAUGAAAUAUAUAUUUUUUUAAAUCUGGGAAAAAAAUAAUCGCGACAAACUUUUAAAAAGGUCACCCCCCUUUUCUAAAUCCUAGAUCCGCCACUGCAGAUGUCAACUGUACGUGAACUCUCGAGAACAUUGAUAAACAAGCUAUAUGAACUGUGGGGAAGCUUGCUUUUUUAAGCAGAACACAGCACUAAAACUACUAAGCUAGGCUUUGGAGCAGGGGUAGGCAAUGGCCCUGAAACAUGCAAUGGAAUUCCAAGGAAGUUAAAAUGAAUUUGAUACAUACUAACUUUUUUUAAAUAUUGCAGCUCAUUAAUAACUAUUUAUAGUUAUUUUCUAUAUUUCAUUGAAAUAUUUAUGAUUAAUAAUUUCUAAUAAUAAAAGGUGUACCUUUA